UGGCCGUACAACCCAAGUGAUACGUGCAGAGCUUCGAUGGGGCUGUGGUGGAUUGUAGAAAGAACUGCAGCGUGCCCUGAGAUUCUGGGACCCCCUGGUUACUUUGGAGAACCCCCAUCCAUUCUGAUCUGAAUCGAUCCACCAGCCCCUUCUUCCUAGAUCUCAGUCUACACCAGACAAAGUUGUCUACCUGCUAAAUCCAUCCACACUCUCCAUCUGUAAACAACCCAGCACAGCGUCAUGGAGGAUGAGCUCAUGUUUAGCAUGGAGGAGGAGGGCAGUGCCACGAGACCCCAAGUUCCAGGGAAGACCCCUAGCCAGAGGAACGCCUCUCAAAGGGUCUGCCCUGCCAGCGACACUGAUGAGGAUGAUGAUGAAGACUUCGUCCUCUACCCUAUCCUGGGCGAUCCAAAAAAGGAUAUCGUCGACUACCUCCAGAAUCUGGUUGUCAACAAACAGCUGUCAACCUCCCUGCCAAAGAAUGACUUUUUGUACAAGAGUGAGGCCGAGCUGUUGUCAGUGUCUCAGCCCCAAUCAGGCACACCUGUUUCUGAGCAUGCAAGGGCAGCGUGGAAACAUGCCAUCGAGAAGGCCAAAGCCAUGCCUGACCCCUGGGCUGAGUUCCACCUGGAGGAGAAGAAGACAGAGCUGUGCACGCGCUACAGGUACAACGCUGUCACAGGGGAAUGGGCCCAAGACGAAGUCCAUAUAAAAAUGGCGGCCCAGCCCUUUGGACGCGGCGCCAUGAGAGAAUGCUUCAGGACGAAGAAGCUGUCCAACUUCUCCCACAGCAACAACUGGAAGUCGGCCGCCAACUACGUGGCCAAGAGCUACAUGCAGCCGGUGGAGCGGGACGUGUACUUUGAGGACGUGCGGCUGCAGAACGAGGCCAAGCUGUGGGGCGAGGAAUACAACCGCCACCGCCCGCCCAAACAGGUGGACAUCAUGCAGAUGUGUGUGGUUGAGGUCACCAGCAGGCCCGGCAAGCCCGUCUUCCACCUGGAGCACUACAUAGAGGGCAAGUACAUCAAGUACAACUCCAACUCCGGCUUCGUCAGGGACGACAACAUACGCCUCACGCCCCAGGCCUUCAGCCACUUCACAUUUGAGCGCUCGGGCCACCAGCUGAUCGUGGUGGACAUCCAGGGGGUGGGGGACCUCUACACGGACCCCCAGAUCCACACAGAGAGGGGCGACGACUUUGGAGAUGGAAAUCUGGGUGUGCGGGGCAUGGCGCUGUUCUUCCACUCUCACCUGUGUAACAAGAUCUGCAAGAGCAUGGGCCUGACGCCUUUUGACCACUCCUCUUCCGAGAAGGCCCAGCUGGACGGCACCAACAAAUUACUUCGGUCGGCCGAGACGGUGCUGAGGGGCUGUGAGGAGCAGUGCGGGUCUCCCCGCGUGCGCACCUUCUCCGGGUGCCGCGUCCCACCGCUGCUCUCCCGCCUGUCGGAGACCUCGUCCGCCGACGACAGCGUGAGCGAAGGCGGCGACUCUGUGCCCUGCUCCCCCCACUUCAUGCCCUGCUCCCCCAUGGCCGUCCCCAGCUCCAUGGGCAGGUCCCCCAGCGCAUUCACAAGCCAGUCCUACAACAGCAACGACGAUCAAGAGAGAUACGGCAACAGCAACACAAAUGAUAACCAGGGGUCGGAGAGCGGUGGAGACAGCGGUUACCCCAGCGAGCGGAGGAGCGACGGGGAUCCCCCGGAUCACGUAGACGGGGCCAAUCAGCGCCUCCAGCGAAACUAUUCCGAGUCGGACGAGGACAGUGUCAGACGGAGGAAGAUGGUAGCUUCCAGCAGACUCUCUGCAAACGUAUGCGUUGGCACACCACAGAUGGAAUCGCUGACAGAAGAGAAAUGGAGCUUCUACCAUACUGCUAGAGCUCAUAUCCACCGUUCGUCUUGCGUGGCCGUUGAGAUGGAGAGGCUCAACUCUGCCCUGCAGGAGAGGAAGAUUGGACAGUCCGUCCUGGGCAAGGUCCACCUGGCCAUGGUUCACUACCACGAGUCGGGCCGCUUCUGUGAGAAGGACGAGCCCUGGGACAAGGACUCUGCGCUGUACCACCUGGAGCGGGCCUCCAUGUGCGGGGAGCUGCAGGCCAUCGUGGCCCUGGGUCAGUGCUACAUGCAGCUGCCCCACCACAUCCUGACCGACGUCCAGCUGGAGGAUAACGCAGGGAACAAGAUGAAGGGCUUCAAAUACCUGAUCCAGGCGGCCAAGGCUGGGGACAGACACUGUAUGAUCAUGGUGGCCAGGGCCUUCGACACCGGACUCAACCUGUCCGCCGACAGAAAGCAGGACUGGGCGGAAGCUGUUUUCUGGUACGCCAGUGCCCUAGACAUGUGUGAGGAUGAUGAGGGGGGAGACUUUGAUGGGCUCCAGGAUGACCCGCGCUACAUGGUCCUCGCAAGGGAGGCCGAGAUGUACCAAGAGGGGGGCUUCAACCUCACCGCAGACCCCCAGAAAGCAGGCGAUCUGUUUACCGAGGCUGCAGAGGCGGCCAUGGAGGCGAUGAAAGGGCGGCUGGCCAACCAGUAUUACAUGAAGGCGGAGGAGGCUUGGGCACUGAUCGAGGAGGAGGAGGAGUAGGGAGAAGGCGGAUGAAUGUGUCUCAUUUGAUAAUGCAUGUUUUUUUUAACAAAAAAACAACACAAAGGGGAAAAGUCAACUGAUAUGGCUUCAAUGUUUACAAUGUUCAAGUUUUUUUGUAAUAGGUUCAAUGCCUUUUAUUUUCUCAAACUGACAAAUUCUCAGAUCUGUUUUUCUCAAAACAUCAUAUAUCCCUGCCUGGUUUUGACAGGAGAAUGUAUGUAUAGCGACAAGAUACCUGGUUCUUCAAAUGUUUUCUAUGCAAGAAUGGAGAAGCAUAAAUAAUUGUCUACAUGGCACUUAAACAGCUAACGUUUUGUUAAAUAAUGUUUUGCAUGGAUGCACUUGAUUGGGAUUAUUGGUUUAUUUGUAAAAAAUAAAGUGUUUUCGGCUUUAAUAUUCAAUGUUUUGUCGUGCAGAAUUGA